UUGAUAAAGAAAAUCAUCUUCAUUGCUUUAGGUGUUUUCGCAUCAAAACAAUGAUUAAGGAAUUAGAAGAAAAGGAGAUUAUGAUUAAUCUUCUGUUUCCAUGGAAGUUCAUCUAUUUGAAGAUUUUCUUUUCAUUCGAAACUUUUCUUUCUUAGUUUAUUUCUGUUCAUCGACUUCAAAGAUCUACAAUUGAAAGAUGAAAAUGUCACAAAUACUCUAUACUUUUUCGAUUUUAAUCAUUACCCUCGUAAUUACUGAAUGUUUUUCGGUUGAUAAUCAUCCAGCUCCUUUCGUGUACCUAAAAUCAUCAAGCCAAACUUCUGAAAACUGGCAACCACAACCAUCUCAGGUACAGCCUGCUCUUGAUUACCCUCGUUAUCCAGUACAAUCAGAGCCUCCUCGCUAUUCAGAUACAGGGAAUCAACAACUCUAUCCUCAGCAAUAUCCUCAAUAUCCUUUUCCACCUCAGCAUACACAAUAUAACACCAACAACUACAACCUGGUAGCACCAACAUUCAAUCAUCCUCAAGCCUUGCAACCACCUCAACAGUUACAACCACCGAUCAACAAUCACCCAGGAGUAAACAAUGAUCAUCGUAGCAAUGGUCAAUCAAACGUACAGCCAUCGACCCAUUAUCACAAUUAUUCCAACAAUAUCACAAUAAUUAACAACUAUCAUGGCCAUAAACCUGACAUAUUAUAAAGGUGCUUUGACUCGUUACUUCAGGAAAGUGAGAAAGUUUUUCGUUGAUAGAAAACAUUAUUUCAACCAUGAAAACUUAAAAACUUUUACGGAUAAAGUUCUCAUUCCAGUGCUAAUCGCUGUUCUUGACCACCACAGUCACCAUUCAAAUCACGGUAUUCAUUUCCAUCAUCAUCAUCAUUGGCGUCGUCGUCGUUAUCUAGUGAAGAACAUACAAUCGGAUCAUCUUGGAAUUACUCAUGAAACUGCAAAUCCAUAACUCCAAUGGAGAUCUAACGUUGAUCACUUCGCCAUGAAACAGAUUAGAGAAAAUGUUUACCAAAGAUGUCAAAUUGAAAUAAAGACUAAACUUUAAGAGAACUGAGUAACUAUUAUCAAAUAAAAAAUAAUAUCGCGCCAACUCAUUGAGAGCUUGUAACGAUGGUAACAUUAGGAUGUUGAUCAUGUCGAUUUAUGAUUCAGACAGAAUCAGAAUGAGAUGAGUAAGAACUCGAAAGAGACACUUGGAGUUUUCUUUUUACUCUUCUUUCCACUUUUUCUCAACUUUUCUUUCAGUGAAUCAUUUUUAUCAUCAUUCGACUAAACUUAUCAUCAAAUCAUCUCAAUCAACAUUUACCAUCGAAUCUCAACAGUUUACAAGUUGAGUGAAAAUCGAAUCGAGUUGAAAAUUGGAAAACUAUUGUUCUAAUUUGAUUUAAAUUGUUCCCUAAUAGUUUCAUUCUCAAGUGUUAAAUCAGUAAAUUCAACUUUAAUUAGAUUCUGUGUAUCGCAAUCAUAAUCAUCUUCCAAUAAUUGAAUUACUGAUAAACAAUUUAACUCUCAAUCAAUUGAUCAACUUUUCCAUCAACAGGUAAGAAAAAUUUUCGAUCAACAAUUUAAAGUUUUUCAUCUUUCAUGGAUUCAAGGCAGAAAAUUCCCUCAUCAUGAUUUCCCAUAAAUUCUGAAUUUCAAUCAUUCUCUUUAUUUAAAUUAUCAUGAUGAUUAUUAUUAAA